AAAACUGUUGCGUCCGUUGGCCGAACUUUCAGUUUCGUUGGGGCCACGCUGGUGGUUAAUACCGUUGAAGAGAGUUUUUAAAAGCCAUAAAACCCCCGAAAACACAGCCCACUCAAGAUGAGACUGUGCCGCAACUUCUUGGUGGUCGCGAUGCUGUUAGUCACGGUCACCGUCACUUCUGGCCUGAGACCUCCGAGAUCCUACUACCGCAGGAGCUACUUCAGUGCAGUGGCACCAGGACACGGACAAGGAUCAGGUUCUCUGCCAGGACCAGUGCGACUAGGACCUGCAGGAUACCUGCGAGCCGAUCUGCAGACAAAUGAGAGCAAGCACCGGCCCGUGAGCAAAAAAUAUCCCAAGAAGAGCCACUACAGACCCUACGGAUCGGAGGAAGAGGACUAUUCCAGUGAACGCUACAAUUCCGCCGAAUACUCGGGGGAGUCCUCCGUUCAGGACAGUCGGGAGUACACCAUUGGCACCCAGAUCCGCGUCCAGCAUCCGAUUACAGUGCCCAAGAAGUCGAGCAGCUCUGGUUACGCCAAGCAGCCGAAAUACGUGACGGCCAUUCCAUACAAGGCCACUGGCUAUGACUCCGAUCUUCACAAGCCGAUUGGUUAUGGAUCCGAUGCUCACGUUCACAUUGGAUCCGGAGAGGAUGUCGGUCCACCGCCCAAGCGAUCAAAGUGGAAUCCAGUGCAAUACGAUGCGGAAGCCGAUCCCUUCCACCUAGUGCCACCGCCCAAAGCCACCGUUGCCUCCAGCAGCAAUUCUUACAGUGUCUACGAACCCGAACACGAUGACUACGAUGUGGUCCCAGUGCCUCGACCCAAGAGCCACGAUCGCUACAAGAGUGUGGCCUCCAAGAAGCAAAUAGAGGCGUAUCUGGAGGACCAGCAGAAGCUGCUGGACGAGGCCAUCAAAGUGCAGCUGCUGAACAAUCCCAAGCUGCAGAAGUUCUUCAAGGCUCAGGCGCAGGAACAGGAGCGGGAAUCCCGGCCAGAUCUUGAGAUCGAGGACUUCGAGGCCUAUCCGCCAAACUUUUCCGGUCCGGGACACCUGCGCAGCAAGUACAUCGACCACCCGCUGCCACCUCCGUCCAAGGGAUCCCGAUCACGCCGGCGUCCUGCGGCCGGAGAUCUCAACCGGCCGCCCAAGACCAUCAUCAAACCUAAACGAAAGUACCGAUCGACAGCACUGGUCAUCAAUGUGUGAGGGGAUCUACUUAGUCUUUACCUAAUUACUAAUUUAAAUAUCGUCUAAAAAUUUUUAGUAUAGUCGUACUGUAAAGUAGGGUUGUAAAUAAUAAAAGACCAUUUACUUUAA